GGAAGAUCUCACUGCCCCCCAUUUAGCAGGACAAGACAGCAUGCUUAAACAAGGCAGUAUAUGACAGCAGAUGAAGGACCAAUAGGACAAUUAAAAUCUUUAGAGCAUAAAAAUCCUUCCUUGACCUCCAUUUUGUAUGUUCACCUUUAGCCCUAUAAAGUAACCCAUUCGCUAUAUUUAGGGCUGCCCCCAGGGGUUAACAGUACUACAUAUAAUUCAUAAAGGAUAAAUCAUUUUUUAAGUUCUUUUUGAGCACCCUGGCUUAUACAUUGAUGCUAAGAAAAUAAGCACAUGUUUAAACCAUUUUAAUUUUCUUUUUUUUUAUGUAAGAAAAAAAUCUUUAUAACAGAGGAAACCAGCUUCAGUUAUGUGGUUAUUCCUUUUGGUCUUGCUGGCUCUGAUCCUCCUGUAUAGAUGGAACAUAGGGAGAAAGAUGCUGCCAAAUCUGACAGAUAAGUAUGUCUUCAUCACCGGCUGUGAUUCUGGGUUUGGAAACUUGCUGGCAAAGCAGCUGGACAGACGUGGCCUCUGGGUGCUGGCAGCCUGCCUGACAGAUAAAGGAGCUGAAGAACUGAAGAAGGAGACUUCCAGUAGACUGAAGACUGUGAUACUCAAUGUUACAGAUAGCCAAAGUGUGAUCUCUGCUUCUGCAUGGGUGUCAGAUAUUGUUGGAAACAAAGGACUCUGGGGACUGGUGAACAAUGCAGGCAUUUCAAACCCAAUAGCUCCCAAUGAAUGGCUGUCCAAGGAGGAUUAUUUAAAGGUGUUAAAUGUGAAUCUGUUGGGGGUUAUUGAUAUAACACUUAAACUGCUUCCACUGAUUCGUAAAGCCAGAGGGCGUAUUGUCAAUGUAGCCAGUGUUGCUGGGAGAGUGUCACUCUGUGGUGGUGGAUAUAGCAUAUCUAAAUAUGGAGUGGAAUCAUUCUCAGAUAGCCUAAGGCGUGAGAUGGCUCAGUUUGGAAUCAAGGUGAGCAUAGUGGAACCUGGAUAUUUCAAAACACCAGUCGCUGAUGCAAACACACAAAAGAAGUUUUUAAAUGAAAUCUGGGCAAAGCUGCCGCAGCAUAUUCGGGAAACCUAUGGGCAAGAAUACUUUGAAAAAUACUGUAACAAUGUAGAGCGCAAUCUAGAGAAGGUCAGCUCAAAGCUCCACCUGGUCACAGACUGCAUGGAGCACGCACUGACUGCUGUGUACCCCAGAACGCGCUACUCUGCUGGCUGGGACGCAAAGCUUUUCUUCAUACCCCUUUCGUACCUCCCUACUGUAUGUAUAGAUUUCCUGCUGAACCGUUCUCGAGCCAAAGCAGCUCACAGCAUCUAAGACAAGAGUGGAGCAAAUAUCAUCUGAAAAAAAUUUAAAUCAUUCCUGUAGAAAGUUUUAUCAUAAACAUUGUGCUUCUGUUUUUGAUCACUAUAUUACCAAAAUCCAUAUUUUUUUAAAGGAGAAGGAAAGGUAAAAACAAAGUAAGCUUUAUAGAAAGGUCUAUGUAAAUACAGCCAUAAGCACUCACAGUAAUGCCCCUAUCAAAAGAAACACAGGAUUCUUGUUUUUUUGUAAACAUGAUGUUCCAGUGUCUGACUUCCUCUCUCAGAAACAUCCUUAAUUCCCGUGGCCAGAGUCUGCGCAGUUCUCUCCUCUUUCCCUUAUCCUGCUCCCCUCCCACCAGAAUGCUAAGAGCUCCCUCCCUUCGGAAUGUGUGAUCUCAGCUAUAAUGGCUAGAACUGCAGGCAGUAAGCUACAUAAAAUGGCAGCUGCUAUCGGAGAACGCUUCUAAAGCGGUUUACUCAGGUAUGUUAAUGCUUUCUGCAGAAUAAAUAUAGUGUUCUAGGAGGCACUAAUGUGGCAAAUCUAUUGGCAAUAAAAUGCCAAAAUGACUUUUCUUCUCCUUUAAAAUACAGACCUAUCUUGCCUUGAUUGUGUGUAUUACUACAGCAAAACUUACUUAAAUGUAUUUAAUAAAAACAGAACUCACUAA